UUUACCCUCCAACAUGGCCUCAAGGAGACCCCCGUAUUUAGGCACGUCUUCGCCGAGGACUGCGGCAUCUCGUCAGGAGAGGCACUCCGACUGAAUAAGACGUUUAAAAAGUUUGCGACAGAAACGCUGAGAGAACCGUGUAUUCGCGCGCGUGGACGUGCACGCGCCCGUGUCUCCUCCUGUGAUUGUGGGGAACGGGAUUUGAAAGUGGGAACCCGGCGUGCUUCUGUCGUGCGUAGACUCGGUUGUUUUUAAAUAAACCUAAGGAAAUCUUCUGGUGCCGCCACAGCACCGCCGGGACCCCCUGAGCUACAGCCGCUGUGAUGGAUGCAGAGGUGGUCCUGCAGGAGGAGGACCUGGAGGGCUCGUGGACGCUGCUGUCCUGGCUGGCGUCGCUGGUCAUGGUGUUCGGAGGAGCUCUGCCCUACGUGCCGCAGUUCCAGGAGAUCCAGAGAAGCGGAAACACCGAGGGCUUCUCCACCCGAGUGUGCCUGGUGCUGCUCGUCGCCAACAUCCUGCGCAUCUUCUUCUGGAUCGGGAAGCAGUUUGAGCUGACGCUGCUGCUUCAGAGUGUGGUGAUGAUCCUCACCAUGUUUGCCAUGCUGCACCUCUGCUGCGCCGUCCAGAACACCAACCGAGUGAGCACCAAGCAGCACCGGCUCGCAGACUUGAACUUGCAGUACUUCUGGAAAUGGAGCGCGUUCGAGGACUACCUGCUCUUCUGCUUCGGCCUCACCGUGCUGUGUGCAGUGGUCACGCUGCUGCUGCUGGACUCGGCCGUGUUCGUGGAGACUCUGGGCUCUCUGGCCGUGAUGUUUGAAGCCAUGCUGGGUCUCCCGCAGCUCCUGCAAAACUUCCAGAACCACUCCACCAAAGGCAUGAGUGUGAAGAUGGUGCUGCUGUGGACGGCCGGCGACGUCUUCAAGACCACCUACUUUGUGAUAAACGAAAGCCCGGCUCAGUUCUGGGCUUGUGGUUCCGUCCAGAUCCUGAUCGACGUGGCCAUCCUGCUCCAGGUGCUGCUUUACAGCCAAGACACGCGAGUCAAGCUGGGCUGAGGGCGGCUGAGAAGCAGGAAAGUCCAGGAGCCCUCAAGUAGAACCCGGGCAGAUGUUCAGUGAAAACCAAAGUCUGCAUUAGAAUGUCAUUCAGUGAUCAGCCUUGACUCAAAGUAAUGUCAAAAAAAGAAGAAAAAGUUUACAUCCAAGUGCCAAUAGGAAACAAACUCAGCCUUGAACAAAUUCACCAACAUUUUCUAUCAAGCUUUAAAGGCAACAUGCUGUAAGUCUGGUAAGGCAGCUUUUUCCAAAGCUUUUUAUUAUAUAUUUUAUUAGUGUUAUUUAUUUCCCUCAUUAUGUGGCUUCCUGAUGUGCGGUGAACAUGGAAGCCGUGAGGGGGAAGCAUCACUCACGCUGGCAGCUCGCUAACAGCACAUCUCUGCCGCUGUAAUGGUAACUGUACGCGUCCGUCCUGCCCCGGCGGCCCUGCGCUGGAAUCCACUGCCUGAGUGAUGACUUCCCCGUUUGGCACUCCUCACUUCACUGGACUGCUCUCAUGGCGUGUAGAGAGAGAGAGAGAGAGAGAGAGUGUGUGUGUGUGUGUGUGUGUGUGUGUGUGUGUGUGUGUGUGUGUGUGUGUGUGUGUGUGUGUGUGUGUGUGUGUGUGUGUGUGUGUGUGUGUGUGUGUGUGUGUGUGUGUUAAUGUGUGUGUGGAUUUGAUAUUGAUUUUUGCCGUUGGCAUACCGCACCAAGCCAAAACCACAGCACACACACACACACACACACACGCGCACACACACACACACACACACACACACACACACACACACACACACACACACACACACACACACACACACACACACACACACACACUCGAGGUGUUAAACACACAGGCCAUCCGUCUGCAUACGAUGAGUUCAUGUUGCUUUCUGGUUUGAUUGACAACCAAAGCAUUUCUCUCACAUAGGAAACCAGAAUCUUUAGAAUGCUGCGGUGUGUUUCACUGCAACCAAAAUGUUUUUAUAGACCCUAAAAAAAAAUGCGUCAAACUCCAGGUCAGCUUGACAUGACCUUAACGUGACAGUAUUAAUGAAUACAUUUAUACAUUUGUACCUUUAUUUAUUGCCUCCUGGCUUUGUGGUAUAUGUUCCCCUGUUCUUCAAACACAAAGAAAAGAAAAUACUCAGAACCAUAAAAUCUUAUGUUUAUAAUGAACCUGCCAGCAGUGUCUGGAAGUGAAUUUAUUCACUUGUUACAACCUGGAAUCCAGACUUAGAGCUGAUUGCAUUUAGCCUAAAAGAGUUACAGUGACUUGGAAUACCAGCUUAUAUUAUGUUGUGAUAUGAGUUUUUCAGGCAGCUUAAAGCAUUCAUAAACGCUCUUCAGGUAGAAAAAUGGAUGAAUUCCAGUAAAUACUGUGAACAAUUUCACUGCAGAUGUCAUUCAUUCAGUUCAGUAAGUGAAACCUCAAAGAGAUUAGCUUCAAGAACAUGAGAAUCAUCCCUCUCAAAACUGAAAUCUCAUAUGAACGACUUAGAAAAAGAUAGUUCAGUCUGUGGAUCUGAAUGUAUAAAUCAUGAAAAGAAAGACUAUGGCUGGAGAAUAGAUUAGUUUUGUGUAUUAUAGAGAAGAAUGUUCACAACUUUUUUGUGUGUUGAGCUCAGUGUACUUCUGUGAUUGUUUUGGCAGCAUCGCCAUCUAAACGCUCACAGUCACUGAUAAGAUUCAGCUCUGAUUCGUUUGUUACGCCAACACAUUUCUGACUGUUGCCCCGUCCUGGUUUCAGCUGGUUCACAUUUCGCUGAUGUGUAAAUCAAACCACAGUAGAGCCAGAUGUGGAGGAGCACUGCUCCAGGCGAACAGGGAUCACCUGCUUUGUGCACGUAAGGUGCAAUAUUUACAUGAACAACCUGUAAAAAUACGACUACACUCCUCAUAAAGAUGACACGAGCACGUAAAUGAUAGCAGGGAAAUGCAUAUCCCACUAUGAUCACACGUCCAGAGAGUCUGAAAUGUACCUUAAAGUCCUCCAUAUUUGCAUUAAAGAACCGCUGCACAAUAUCAGGUGAACACUUGAAUGUUUGUUUUUGGCAUUAAAAAUCAACUGAGAUCAUUACUGUUUAUGAAUUAAGUCACUGAACAUUUGUGAAUUUUAACAUUUAAAAUACUGAAAAGUAUUAAAACAUAAUUUACUGUCAAUCAUGAUUUCAUUGCAAUAACAACAAGCUGCCAGUAUGAUGUGUAGUGCUGCUUUAAAACCGUCUGUGCAAAUGCACAUACACACACACACACACACACACACACACACACUGUCACCUUCAUAAAUACUGAGCAUUGAAAUUAAAUGUUGAGACCAAUCCAUGCCCUGAACACUCAAAACAACAGAAAGCUGUGAAAAACAUUUGCUUUCAGGCACGUCUACAAACAAACGUGUGUACGCAUGCACAAAAAAUCUACCGAGUGACGAAAUGUUGAAACUAAUGCAAUAUUGAAACGGUAAGAAAACACUGCCAGUGGCGCUCCAUUUGCCGGCGCAUGGUUCACGUGAAGUGCACGAGUGUUUUCUGCUCACACUGUUCUCCCUGCGGUGGCGGCUAAGUUGUGGGCAGCAUUAAGUCCUUUACGUCUCAUUAGCGCGCCUGCCGCUGCGUUUCCCUGCCUGCCGUGUUUCAGCUCACUCAUCCAGAGUGCUGAUGGACGCCGCCUCCGUCUAAUCGGUCUGCAAGGGAAAUCACCGCCAUUAUGGAAACACCGAAACUUGAUUCAGCCUGUCCAACCUCCCAAAAGUGCCAAAAAAAAAAAAAGAAAUGUUCAUGCAUUUUUUAUAUGAAGGCUUUCCUUAUAAUUGAAACACUAAUUUAAUUGUGUCGCCUGAAGGUGUGCUGCGGUUCCUUCUCCUAUGUCUCCUUAGCUGCGUCUUCCAAAACCACUGCAGCAGCAGCAGCUGAUCAGCAGUCAGUGCACCUUUCCUUUCACUCCCCUCUGCAGGAUUUAAUUAAGUAAUAAAGCUACGUGCUUAUUAAGUCCUCCAGCCACCUUUUUAACCGGCCAGAUUGUGUCCAUCUGUUACUCCUUACCUGUCCUUCCUUCUCUGUGAGCGCAGCGUUCAGUCCACUCUGCGGUGGUUUGCUUGGAGCUUCGCCGUUCAGACAGUCUCUGCAUGCAGAAGCCACAAGACAGGUCAAAAUGCUAAUGAUUGCUAAUGUGUUUUUUUUUUUUUUCUGUGUUGCUCUCCGGUUUAUGUGUGUAUUCUUCAAAUCUUUUCAUCCCUGAGCCAUAUUGCGAGCUGGAUGUGUCUUAUCUGUGCCAUCUCUGCAUACCCGGGUUGUUUCGCAGUGGCAUUAUUUUUGUUUUACUCGGUCUUAUCACCAGAUGUGUAUCUGUAUAUGGUUUUCCCUCCGCUGAGCCUGGCAGCGUCACCUCCGCUGGCUUUAGUUUAGCAGCUGGGCGCCCUGUAGCCUCUGCUUCUCAAGGGUGGCGGAACAGAUUAACGCCAGCGCGGCCCGAGUGUGAUAAUCUCUCAAAUUCGCAUCGUGGCGAGCGCAUUGGCCGCCUCGCUGCUGCGGCGCCGAUAAGGUGGCUCCUCCGUCUUCCUCCCUGAUGCAACGCAGGUUGUGUAUUUCACCUGUUUUGACAUACAUUUUUAAUAAAGAGUUGCAGCGAUAACAGAAGCCAAAAAGUGCAUGUGAGAACUAGAGUCGAUGUUUUAUGUUCCUUCUCUUCAGGUGUUUUGUAAAAAAAAAAAAAGCAAAUGUAAACAAGCGUAGCAAACCAUAGAGACUAACUGUCUGAGAUUAUCUCACUGUCCACAUACGUUUUACUGUCUGAUGGCCACUGUGAAAUAUUUCAUCAUGUUGUUAUCUCAAAUAUAAAGUAUUUAUAUUGCA